AUGCGUGCAGAUUGUAAGAGGACUCCAACGGGAACAUCAGUGAUAGAUUUACAUGGAACAUGGCAAUUCAAAAACUCAAACGGCAGCAUAAAAGGCCAUGGAACGGUACCUGGUUGUAUCCAUACCGAUUUAAUAGCAACCAAGAAAAUUGAUAAUCCAUAUUAUGGCUACAAUGAUGUCAACUAUCGUUGGAUUGCCUUCGAUAAUUGGACUUAUGUAAGAGAAUUCACUGUCUCCAAAGGAUUUAUCCAAUCCAAAAAUAUCGAAUUGGUCUGUUAUGGGUUAGACACGGUUGCUUCUGUUGCUAUCAAUAAUAAGGUGGUUGGUACAACUACCAACAUGUUUUAUAGAUAUGUGUUCGACGUCAAGCAUGCUCUUCGCACUGGUAAAAAUACAAUUGCUAUAAAGUUCACUUCUGCUGUAACAUACGCUGCUAGUCAAAGUAUGGCUUACAAAGACGAUAUUCCUCCUGAUUGCCCUCCCGCAAUUCAACAUGGCGAAUGCCAUCGCAACUUUAUUCGAAAAGAACCCUGUUCUUUCAGUUGGGAUUGGGGUCCCGCUUUUAUAACACAAGGAAUAUGGCGCGACAUUCAAUUGCAAGGCUAUAAUUCCCCGAUUAUCAGAGAUGUUAAAAUUUCUCCGCUAUACAAUAAAGGGAAAAAGGAAUGGACUUUAAAUACAACUGUUGUAUUUUAUAGCAGUUCUAAUUUUAAGGGUACUGGCAAACUGACAAUUUCUAUCAAACCUAAACUCAAAAUUGCUCAACAAACGUGGACAGUAUCUUUAUCUAAAUAUCCUUAUGUCCUCAAUGUUGUUACAAAAAUCAAUGGAAAUGUAAAUAGAUGGUGGCCAAUUGGUUAUGGAAAUCAAUCUAUGUAUACCUUGAAGGCUCAAUUUCAAAUAGAUGGUCAUGCACAACCUACUACCUCCAUUACUAGGCGUUUUGGUUUUCGGACAACCAAACUACUACAGCCAAAGUUAAAGAAAGGAUAUGGUUUCUUCUUUGAAAUUAACGAUGUGCCUAUCUUUUUAAAGGGAGCUAAUUGGAUACCCGCUGAUUCUUUUGAAAGUCGUGUUACUCCUACUGUUAUCAGAAAUUUAUUACAGUCUGCAAUCGAUGCAAACAUGAAUGUAGUUCGUAAUUGGGGAGGAGGGAUCUACCAACAUGAAGCUUUUUAUGAUAUUGCUGACGAGCUUGGAUUACUAGUCUGGGAAGAGCUGAAGUACGCUUGUUCAAUGUAUCCUGUGGAUAGUAAAUUCUUAAAUUCGAUUAAGAAUGAAAUAACUUAUCAGGUUAGAAGAUUACAUCAUCAUCCGUCCAUCUUUGUUUGGGGAGGCAACAAUGAAAACGAAGUAGCUAUAGCUCAAAAUUGGUAUGGAACCGAUAAAAAUCCCUCGCUUUACAAGAAGAAUUACGUAGAAUUGUAUAUAAAAACAAUACGUCCUAUAGUACUCAGUGAAGAUCUAUCCAGGCCAUUCCUAUCUUCGUCUCCUUCAAAUGGUGUACAAAGUGAAAAAGAUGAUUGGUUAGCUACUAAUCCCCAAGAUCCAUACUAUGGUGACGUGCAUUAUUACAAUUAUAGCUCAGACAUUUGGAAAACGUCUUCAUACCCAACGCCUCGCUUUGCAUCCGAAUAUGGAUUUCAAUCGUAUCCUUCAUUUGAGGCAUUGUCACAGGUUUCCGAGCCUUCCGAUUGGAAAUUUAACAGUUCAUUUAUGGAGCAUCGUCAGCACCAUCCUCAAGGGACAGCUCAAUUGCUUCAACAAAUGAAUUUGCAUUUUACUCUUCCGAGUUCUAACACUAGCAAGAAAAGCUUUGAGGAUUAUAUCUUUCUUACUCAGAUAGUUCAGGCUGUCGGCUACACUGUCGAAACCGAACAUUACAGAAGAAGAAGGAGUUUACUCGAUUCUAGCAAUAAAGGGAUGACUAUGGGUGCUCUUUACUGGCAGUUAAAUAGUAUAUGGCCAGCACCAUCUUGGUCUUCCUUAGAAUAUGGUGGGCGUUGGAAAAUGUUGCAAUAUUAUGCAGCGAAAUUUUUUGCCCCUGUAACGUUGUCUAUUUAUGAAGAUCAGGAUAUUAUCCACGUUUUUGGAAUGAAUGAUUAUCAGUCCUCUUUCCAUGGUUUGGGUUUAAUGACACUAAGAACUUGGUCGUCAAUGAAGCCAUUACAUGCUUGGAAUUUAACCGUUAAUCUCAAACCUUUGUCGUCAGUAAGCUUAGAUAUUAAUCUACACAUUAUUUCUCCAGUAGAAUUACUAGGAGACUGUGGCGAUUGUUCAAAUCGUUUAAAAUGUGUAAUUACGCUGCAAUUAUACGAUAAUCAUCAUAGACCUGUUGGUGCUGCCAGUUCGCUGUAUUUGUCUGCUUUUAAGCAUCCUGAAUUACUAAAAAAUCCAAAAUUAAAAGUAACUGUAAAAUCCAAAAGUGCUAGUAGUACUUAUAAAAUUAUGAUAAAAAGUUCAGCUAUUGCUCCAUUUACUUGGCUUAGUUCGGGCUCUAUCAGAGGUCGCUUUUCGGAUAAUGGAUACUUGACUAGUGAUGCAACUACUUUCAUUGAAUUUUAUGCAUGGCAGAAUAUUACUAUGAAAAUGCUGCAGAAAAAUUUAAAAGUGAUGUCAUUAUAUGAUGCAUACAAUUAA